GUAUUAACCAGAAUUUGGUUCUAUGUUAAUAUUAUUAAGUAAUCGUUUAUUAAUUAAUUUGUAAUAGUAAUAUAGAAAUGUAUCAACUCGAUAUAUAACAACUGACUAAUGAAAUUGCUCACGUCAACAACAAUAUAUGUUUAUCAACUUGUCUGACAGUUUUACAACCAAUAUACAUGCUAUCUUCACUGCAAUAAUUCAGCAUGUAGGUUAAUAUUGAUUUUAUAAGAUAAAAAAAAAAAAAAUAAGUAAAAGUAAAAAUGUGAAAAAUAAAAAAAAGAAACGUCUAAAUCACAAAGUAAUUUAUCAGGUGUCACAAAAUAUUACAUUUGCUAUUCACCAUCCGACGCGUUUGCUGAUACUCCGGCAUCAUUCCUACUAUCGAUUUUAUUGUAACGAAAUCCAAUCAUGUUUCAACACAAAGACUCGGAAGCUUCGAAGCUACUUUGUGAGAUGCAUCGUGAGUGGGGUUUGAGGUUCAAUAAGACCCAGCAGUAUGAAGCAGCAGUAGCUGCGUUUGAGAGAUCACGAGAAGAAGCCGGCGAUGAUGAUCCAAGAACCCUUCUGGGCUUAGCCGAGGCAUUAGUUAACUUGAUGAGGUACUCUCAGGCAGAUAUUAUCUCGGAAAAAUGCUUACAGAUGGCACCGAAGAAUUAUCUCGCCAAGUGGAUGAGGAUAGAAACAUUGUACAGGAUUGGAGAAUUUUCAAAAAGUUUGAUACUAGCUUAUCAGGCAGGACACUCGUGUCGCUAUCCAUUCGAGGAUGCAAUUCAUCGUGCUAAUGAGACCGUUGAGGAUUGCCUGGGUUAUAAUACGCUGAAGGAUGUUUUGGUGGCUUUACUUCCUUGGAUGAAGAAGUUGGAGAAGCGGCGCAACGACCUGAUAUCUAAGUUGUCGGAACUCAAGGAUGAGUUUGAGGGCAUAGAUCAAGAUCAUUCACGAUUUCCGGCUAAUGAUCCAGAUUACCAACGCGAGUAUCGUAAUAAAAAAUUCAAUGACAUGUUGACACGCAGGUAUCUUGAGACACUGGCAGUUGAUAAGUUUUUCGUUGAGAAUUUAUUUGAAAAUCCGGGUUUUAAAACGGCGAAUAAAGAAGCGAGUCAAAGAUUACUUACACUGGCACAAGAGCUCGUGACAGGAUCAAAUAAAAUAAUCGAGGUUAAUCGUCUUCGAAAGCCACUUUACGUCUAUUACUUUAGAAACAGGAUUAUGCCAUCUUCUUUGAAACGCGCAAAUCUAAAAGAUAAACAACUGCGUAAAGAUAAUAUUGUUAUCGAGGCUAAUUCACUGCUGAUGCGGCUUCACAAAGCACGCAUGCAACGUGACUAUAAAAGUUUUUUUAUGUACGUUGAUAGAGUCAAAAAUAAAUUUGAUUCAUACAAAGAAUCCAUGUUUCCGAUGAAAAAAAAAUGUUUGGACGAACUAUACAGAAUAAUAUCACGAGCAUACAUCGAUGCAAGAGACGUGACAAGUAUUAAAGAUGAGAACGAAAAGAUGAGAUACUUAAAACAUCAUCUUGGUUUGCGCGAAAGCACGUUCCCAACGGACAGCGAUCUCGGCUGGAUACCAUACAGUCUUCAGAGCCGGAAAAAAGCGCCAGAAGUGUUCAGAAAACGUCUGGCAAUGGCAUCUGAGCCACUGGAGCUUGCGUGGUUGUUUCACGAGUUCGCUAAGCUUCAUGUUGACAUGCGACUUCUUGAUGCCGCUCGUUAUUACGCGAAAAGGUCACGAGACAUGGGCUUGCAAGCGCAAGACGACAGAUGGAUAUUAAACGCCAAUCACUUGCUCAUGAAAAUUGAAAUUCAUUCGAGGAAUAAAAAUGAAGCUCGCGAUGCUGCGCUGCUGGCUUAUUGGUGUGCGAAGAAAAUAGGCCUGGAUUAUUUAGUGGACUUUUACAGGCGGUUGGUUGAAUUCAUAAAAGUUGCUGAUGUUGAUAAGUUUUUUGGUGUCGGUGGUAUUGCGAUGAGAGAACGUUUGAUGGUUAAAUUAAUGCCGGGAGAAUUUAAACGAGAUAUGGAUCUGUUAUUGCAACGAAUUAAUUUUAUACCGGCUAAACGUAGAUUGUCUGUAAUGCCUGGAUGCAAGCCCAGGGAUCAUAAUUUCAAAAUGCCCUGCAGGAGACAUUCGAUAUUGCAGCAACGCCGGCAACAAUAUGGUGAAAGCUUUUCCUGUAAUCGAAACCGAGAAAUGGAAAUGAGACGCGAUUCACUGCGACAGUCUGCUCCUUCACGUCAUAUUCUUGGUUGGAUGGACUUUGAAGAUUAUCUGUAGUAAUUUUAUCUCCAUGUUUUUUUUUUAUUCAUCCAAUGUAUCUAAUUUUCAUAGAUAAAAAUAUAUAAAUAUAAAUUCAAAUAAUAUUGAGGAAAAAUAUAUAAAUAACUCCCAGUGUAAUAAUAGUCAUAUCAAGGAAAAUAUAUGUAUACAUAAAUGUCUAAUAAAAAAUAUAAAUAAUAUCUGUAGCUAGCUGGAAUAAAAAAUAUGUAAAUGAUACUGCAAAAAUAAAUAUCUGAUAAAGUAUGAAGGAAAGCUAUAAAUUAUGAUGGAAAAUAUUUUUAAUAAAUAACAUGAGUAAAUAAACGUUAUUAAUUUUUUUUCCAGCCCAAAUUGCACAUGAUUAAUGAUCACUGUAAUUAAGUUAAGCGAAAAUGGAAGUGAGAUAAAAAUGUCAACUGUA